AAACUCCGCACAUAAACGACCGACUCGGAUUCGGACCGUCGAGAGGCGUAGACCACCGCAGUCAACACAAAAGCACCGGUGCUUCUCUUCUGCUCUACACUACUUAUAGCUCUUAUAGAUCCUUAGACACUCCUCUUAGAUUUCCCUCUACCUUUUCUUCUUCUGUACAAGUAAUAAUUUUUUUUCCCUUAUCCCCCCCUGGCUAUGCAAUCGACAUGGCCGUAGCGUCUACAAGCGUGAUACAUACUCUUCGAACUCCAUCGUUCUUGUCUACGGUCAAGCCUUUCACGAAAGAGACCUUGAAGAAGAUUCAGGCAGUGCUCGAUCCAACACCAGCUUUUGACGCGGCGAGACCCCAAUAUAUACCCGGGAAGAAGAACGCUGCUGUUCUUAUCCCCCUCUGCAACCUCGAUGGUGUCCCAGGAAUCCUCUUUGAGGUCAGAGCAAAGCAUAUGAGGACUCACUCUGGUGAAGUCAGUUUUCCGGGAGGAAAGGUGGAUAAAGAGGAUGACUCUUUCAAAGCAGCCGCACUUCGAGAGACGCACGAAGAAAUAGGCGUAGGCCCAAAGCAAGUCGAAAUCCUGGGAGAAAUCGGUCCUCCAGAGAUUAAUAUGAGGGGUGAUAUGGCCGUGUGGCCGCUAGUGGGGUUUAUCAACCCUCAGCAAGAAGAUGUCUCGUCGUUGGCAGACAACGAACCUCUGCCUUCGGUUUCGAUAUCCGACAUCAUGAAGCGAGUGUCCCAAGCAGAAGUCGACAACGUUUUCCAUUUGCCAUUGUCUGCGAUGACUUCUCCUUCGCGUCUUCGGCCUUCCAUGUUUCGUGGACAACGCCCUUACUGGGCAAUAGACGUGUCCGAUUUACAAACUUCGCAACAAAUAGAACACGCAACGGAUACCCACAGCGAUAUGUCGCUGCCUCCACUAAAGCCAGGGACUAACGAUGACAAUGAAAUAGGGAUUGGGAAGGACAAUAAAUUAGAAAUAUGGGGUUUGACUGGGUGGUAUCUCUCGAUGUUUAUGAGAACCCUGAAGAUGUGUUAGUAGUGUAUAUUUUGUAUUAUUCUCUGGGAACUGAUUGGUCUGGGUUAACUCG